GCCAGUGUCGGUCAUGGGGAGCCGCCGCCGCCGCCGCCGCCGCCGCCGCCGCCGCGAGCGCGGCUUCCUCCCGAGCGGGACUCCGAGCUCUCCCCGCACCAGGGGCGAGCCUGGCUGCUGAGGCGGAGGGGGAUGACGGACCCUUUGAGGAGGACGCUGUCCAGGCUCCGGGGGAGGCGGGGUCCUCGUGCCGCCGGGGGGCCCGGGCGCCGGGUGGCCACAGCAGCCACCGUGGCGGCCUCUUCGGCUGCCGAGGGAGAUGCCGGGGGUGCUCCGGGCGGACCCGUACGCGAGCGCGCCGGCGGAGCCCGGCCGAGCCUGGAGCGACCGCCGCCGUCGCCUCAGGCGUGGGGUCCUGAGGCGCGGGUCGCGGGAGGGCGGCCGGAGAGGUCGGGGGCGCUCGGGCCUCGGCCGCGCGGCGGGAAGGAGGCCGCACCCUCGGGCCGCGGGCUCACUCGCGCCUCUCUGCACGCUCCGCCGGGCUCCGAGGGCAGCGUAGAGGACGAGGAGGACAACGCCGACUACUACGAGAACCUGCCCGGCGGCUCCCAGCCCGCGCCGGAGCCUGAGGGGGCGGAGGCGGAGCGGUGGCCCCCGCCUCCCCCGGCCGCUGGCUCCUCCCCAGGGGCGGAGGGCGGCCGUCUGGAGACAGGCAGGCUGCAGACCCAGUUGCGAGAGGCCUAUUAUCUGCUGAUCCAGGCCAUGCACGACCUGCCCCCUGACUCGGGCAGGCGGCAGGGCGACCGGGGCAGGGCGGAUCGCGGCUGCCCUGCGGGAGCCCGGGCUCCGGACCAGCCGCCUUACCCCUGCGGCGCGGCGGCCCGCCGAGCCUGCCCCCGAGACUGCGAGCGGGGAGGCGGCGACUGCCCUUGGCAGCAGGUGUCCCCGCCCCGGUCGCCUCCGAGGGAGUCGGGGGGAGCCCGCCCGCGGACUCCUCGGAUGCGGCUGUCCUGCAGCAGAAGCCUCGACAGCCUCCGCGUGGGUGCCAAGCCGCCUUCCUUACAGCGGUGGCGGAGCGACAGCUGGAUCAGGUGCGGCGCUCGCGGGGAAACGGACGAGCCCCCGCCACGUGGAGACGGGAUGGACGGCUGGAGCGGAGGCAGCUCCCGGGCCGCGGCGCCCUCCGGCCUCCGGCCUCCCAGCUCCGAGGACCCCCGCCGCUCCUCGGGAAGCCGCGGCAAAGAAGACGGACAGGAGGGGCUCCCCUUCCUCAAACCGCCCGCGGUGACAGUCAAGAAGCUGCAGAAGUGGAUGUACAAAGGACGCCUGCUGUCUCUGGGAAUGAAGGGUCGCGCUCGUAGGACACCCCCCGAAGUCACCCGAGCGCAGGCAACGUCUCCAAAUCUGGGCGCUUUGAAAAUGCGGGAAAGCCAAGUCGUCUCGGUGCCGCCAGACCAAAGAAUUACACUGACAGACUUAUUUGAAAAUGUCUAUGAGUCUUCAAUGAAGAGAAGAGAACUUGAAGAUCUGAAGGAUAAUAUUGGCUUCAGGGGUCAUAAGCCACUUAAUAGCAUCACUGUGUCAAAGAAACGCAAUUGGCUAUAUCAGAGUACUCUGAGAUCUUUUAAUUUGGAAGACGAAAAUAAGAAAUGCCAAGAUAUAAGUCAUUUAUCCAUCUCACCCGUUUCUCUACCUAAACUGCAGCUGUCACGACCUUUCCUCAAAUCAUCUGAAGAAUAUUGUACGUAUAUGGUGUGUACUGCCACAAAUUCUUCAUUAUCAAGAGACUGUUCAUUAGACUUUAAUGAGGAAAAUGAUGCAGAUGAUGAAGGAGAAAUAUGGUACAACCCCAUUCCUGAGGAUGAUGACUUUGGUACUUCAAAUGCCUUGAGUUUUGGGGAGGCAGACUCUGCUGUUCUGAAGUUUCCUGAUGUCGGUUUGAGAGUAUUAUCUGGUAGUGACCUAAUGAAAGAAGAGCAGCACACUGAAGACUUGCUGUGCUCUUCUGAACACACAGGCGAUGUUCAGACCACACAGUCAAAUGAAAUAAAUCCUAUAGAUUCCAUCUAUUCCACAGAGUUUGUGGAGCAGUACAAGCAAAGGCAUGGACACAAGACACAAGAAGGUAUAAUAGUAGAGGAGAGUCCCACGUUGAAAUCUCCUUUUGCAGGUCCUGGGAUAGUAGCUGCUACAAAUAAGCCUGAUUUGGGAGUUACAGGACCAUCUUCUCCAAGCCCUAGCCCUGUGAAAAAAGGCAGUUCAAUUCAUUGGUCUUUCCCGGAUAAAAUAAAAUCUCCACGAACUGUGAGGAAACUUUCCAUGAGAAUGAAAAGGUUGCCAGAAUUUAGCCGGAAACUAAGUGUUAAAGGAAACUUGAAUUAUGGAAACAGUCCGGAUAAUACUCCUUCCUUGUCUAAAUGUAACUGGCAAGAAAUUCAUCAUGCUGUUAUUCUACCUUCUGGGAACACAACCACAGCUGCUAAGAGGAAUGUUAUAAGCCGGUACCAUCUUGAUACUAGUGUGUCUUCUCAGCACAGCUACCAGAAGAAAACCUCUGUGAGUUCUAAAUAUUCCUGCAAAAGUGGUUACCUCAGUGAUGGAGACUCUCCUGAACUUAUAGCUAAAUCUAGCAAACAUGGAUGUGAAAACAAAUUUGCAAAAGGAAAAGAAAUAAUUCCAAAUAGUUGUAGCAAGAAUGAAAUAGACAUUGAUGCUUUUAGACAUUAUAGCUUUUCUGAUCAACCUAAGUGUUCUCAGUACAUAUCUGGGCUCAUGAGUGUGCAUUUCUAUGGUGCUGAGGAUUUAAAACCACCUCGGAUAGAUUCAAAAGAUGUCUUUUGUGCAAUUCAGGUAGAUUCAGUAAACAAAGCCAGAACAGCUUUGCUCACAUGUCGGACAACGUUUUUAGACAUGGAUCACACUUUCAACAUAGAAAUUGAAAAUGCACAGCAUUUGAAAUUAGUAGUAUUCAGUUGGGAACCCACUCCAAGAAAAAAUCGAGUGUGUUGUCAUGGAACUGUUGUUCUUCCCACCUUAUUCAGAGUGACAAAGACACAUCUGUUGGCUGUCAAACUUGAACCUAGAGGUCUUAUUUAUGUGAAAGUGACUCUUUUGGAACAGUGGGAGAAUUCACUUCAUGGACUAGAUAUAAAUCGAGAACCAGUAAUAUUUGGUGUUGAUAUUCGAAAAGUUGUAGAGAAAGAAAAUAUAGGCUUGAUGGUACCGCUCCUGAUUCAGAAAUGUAUUAUGGAAAUUGAAAAGAGAGGCUGUCAGGUAGUAGGCCUGUACCGAUUAUGUGGCUCGGCAGCAGUCAAGAAAGAACUUCGAGAGGCUUUUGAGAGGGAUAGCAAAGCUGUUGGUCUGUGUGAAAGCCAAUACCCAGAUAUAAAUGUAAUAACAGGUGUUCUUAAGGAUUAUUUAAGAGAACUUCCUUCUCCUCUGAUAACAAAGCAGCUUUAUGAGGCUGUAUUAGAUGCAAUGGCAAAACAUCCUUUGAAAAUGUCAUCAAAUGGUUGUGAGAAUGAUCCAAGUGAUUCUAAGUACACUGUUGACCUGCUGGAUUGUCUGCCUGACGUCGAGAAGGCAACCCUAAUGAUGUUGUUGGAUCAUUUGAAAUUGGUGGCUUCUUAUCGUGACGUGAAUAAGAUGACUUGCCAGAAUUUGGCUGUGUGCUUUGGACCCGUAUUAUUAAGUCAGAGGCAAGAGACUUCCAGCCAUAACAACAGAGUCUUUACUGAUUCAGAAGAACUUGCAAGUGCUUUGGAUUUUAAAAAACAUAUUGAAGUUCUUCAUUACUUACUUCAACUCUGGCCAGUGCAACGUUUAACUAUCAAAGAAUCAGCAAACAAUUUGUUCCCAGAGCAGAAGUCUUCUCUAAAUUAUUUGAGGCGGAAGAAAGAACGACCUUACCUGUUAAAUUUGAGUGGUACUGAUUCAUCAAGAGUACUUAGGCCAAGGCAAACCAGAUUAGACAGUCCACUAAGUAAUCGUUAUGCAGGAGACUGGAGCAGCUGUGGAGAUAACUACUUUUUAAAUAUGAAAGAAAAUUUAAAUGAUGUGGAUUAUGACGAUGUGCCUUCAGAAGACAGAGAAAAUGGAGAAAACUGUAGCAAAAUGUAUGAACCAGAUAUCAUGAUUGAACAGCCAACUCCCACAUCCAAAGAGUGCACAUUUCAGACAUAUUUGACAAUGCAGGCUAUUGAGUCUAGGGACCGAAAAGUCAAUCUCAAAGACCUACAAGAAAGUAUCGAUACUUUGAUCGGAAAUCUGGAGCGUGAACUCAACAAAAACAAGCUUAAUAUGAGUGUUUGAGGUUUGAGAGUUUUUUUUUUAAUAAUGUCUUAAGUUUCACAUCAAUCUUUGUCACUUUCUUGUAUCCCUCACAGUGAUGUUUUAAAUUUUUUACUCUUGAAAGCUUCAGUUACUUUCUAACAGGUUAAUGUGAUUCAAUUAAAAACAUCACUCAUUAACAUAAUUUUUACUUAUUUCAUUAGAAAAUUUUUCUUGAGGUAAAAAGAUAACCUGGACUUCUUGUGGAUAUUUGUUUAAAUCUUGCCAAUUCUAUGGAUAUAACUUUAAAAUGCACUUCUAAGAUUCACAUAAGUUAUUAGCCCCUCAAGAUUUUUGUACUUUAUAGGAACUGCUUUUCUGAAACAGAUGUUCCUUCUAGAAGAAUGCUGUGGCUGCUUAGUCUGAUUUGCAGUAUGAGUCCAUGCAUACUGCAACAUCAUUCAAUCACAUUUCAUUUGCAAUGCAAAUGCUGCUAUAAGAAAACCUUUUUAUAAAUAAAAGUAAAAUUAUACAAAUAUUAAUGUAUUCUGUAUUAACAUUCAGUAAUUAUUUAAAUAUAAAAUUAAAUAUUUUUAUAAUCCCCAAAAUAUGUAUAUAUUUAUAAGUGCAUAUAUAUAUAGGUAUUAGAAUGAGGGGAGGGAUUGGCUGCAGAAUCACAUGUAUCUUUAAAAUAUAUGUCAUGAGGCCAAAAUCAUUAGCUUAAAAAUGUCCUUUUCAGGGAAAUAACAUUUAAGUUAAAGGAGGAGUUGCAUAGAAACACUUGAACCAAAACACUAGAAACAUCUAAAUAUAGAAAAAAUAGACUUUCCUUUUUUGAUUCACAGAAAGUCACAAUAUCCCCAGUGAGAAGUCAUCCUUUAAAUUGAAAUCUUCUAAUUUUUUAAGGGAUUAAGUUUCGAGAUUUCUGCGCUGGUGACUUAAAUUUAAAAUUCUUCACCUAAUCUAUGUGUUUUUAUCUUCUGCUUUUUAAAACAAAGUAAUUAUACUUAGAACAUAUUUAUUUGUAAUACAUAUAUAACUUUGACUUUAUAAUUACCUUCAUUUGUUUCUAAAGAAAUCUUGCCAGCAUACUACAUGUUAUUGAUUUUUAAAAAUUAACUUAUUUUGGCUAAUUAUAUCUUCAAGAUAGUCAUUAUAGCAAUCACAGCAGUGUUUGAAAAUGUAAAUUUAGAAGUUUUUUAUUAAAUCGGAAUGUAUUUUUUUAAACUUUUAUACCUACAGAAUGUGUAAUUUAAAAUUAUUAAUAAAAUUUGAGUUAUCAACUUAAAGAUGUAGCAGCCAUUAAAAAAACUGACUCCUUGAUGUUUUUCUAAAUAUUAAAGUAUUUAACUAUUUCUAUGCAAUAUACAUUGAUAAGUGGAACACCUUGUUAUUUAAUUUGAAAAUUUACUUGUUAAAAAACCAGAUAAAUAACUAUUUUUAUAUGAAAUUUUCAUUUUUAAAGCUUUGUAUAACAAUUCAGAAGAAUCCCAAAAGAAUAUGUGACAGAUAUAUAUAUAUUGAGUAAACAGUCAAUAGAAAUGUACCUAAAUAUUUUGUAAGAAGACUGUGUCAGUCUUCUUCCUUUUGUUUGCUAUAUCAUGUAUAUUGUAUGAAUUACUCAGUUGUUCCAGAAAUGUAAAAGCUUUAUUAAAAUAUAUAACCUUGGUGUCAUGCUA